AUGGAUCAUGCUAAUAAAGUCAUUACAAUUUGAAUUUAUUGCUGAUUAUGCUGAAAAAUUAAAAAUGACGGCCGUAAAUAUUGUAAAUAUUGAAAUAUUUCGGUCGUUUCGGCAGUUUUUCAGCAUAAUCAGCAAUAUGAUAAUUACUUCCCAUCACCCCCUGCAUGCAUAAAUUAAACGCUGGAAUUGCCUAUUGAUGUUCAUGGUAACUGAUUUCAAAUGACUAAAAGUCAUGUAAUACAGUAAUAAUUAUCCCAUGCAACCGUUUGGAAGGUAAAAUUUUUACGGAGGAUGAAAUCCCUAAAGGAAAGGGGAAAUUUCUAAAGGAGGGGGGGGGGUGAAAUUCCUGGGACACCGCCACACCGGUAUAGUAACCAUACCACCAUACCAACCUCGUCCUUAACAAGAGGGAAGAGCCUGGGAACGAGGUUGUAACCAUACCUCCUCCGAGUGCUUAUAAAGAAGAGCACGGAAAUUCUUGACACAAUACACGCGGUUUUAAGUCACAUAGUUGACAAGAAAGGUCGUGGUUUAGUGAACUGGGCUGAUCAAACAAGAUCCAAUUGCUGUCGUUCAGUCGUUCCACAUUGGACCAAAAGGUAUGGUUGCAUUUUCAUGUAUUUUUCUACAAUAUUAAUGUAUCGUUUUUGAGCCCAAUUUGAGCUCAGGCUGUUGCUGGCGUUUCUCCAGCGUAGAGUUUACAUGAAAUGCACCCUAGGUGCAGUAGCGGGCAGGAAUAAAGGUCCAGACUGACAUCGGACACGAUUCGACAACGCGACGCGAUUUUUCGAUUUUCACUGACCGAAUCGCGUCGCGUUGUCGAAUCGCGUCCGGUGUGUCUGGACCUUUAGCUUCGCAGACUUCAAAACACAUGUUUUCUAGCUGAAGUAAAAAGCCUCAGCUAGGCUACUUCUGCGGUGUUCGAAUAUUUAUUAUUACGUGCAUUGUUGCUCAUUGCCAUCGUCACUAUACUUGCAAGUGAUGAACCAGGCGGGAAUCGUAAUCGUAGUAUAAAGAUUAAUGCCCAGCAUAACGUACGCAAAAGAGCCAUAUAGACAAUAAUAUAAUAUAAAAAUUUAUUUAAGAAGUACUAACGUUUCGUCUUUAACCUAAGACAUCUUCAGAGUAAAUGAAUACAGUAUGACAAUGAGUUACAAAUAUGAAUAAAUUACUAUUUACAAUAUCAAAUUACAGGAUUCAGUAUCAAUGCGAAUGUCCCUUUGAAAAUACUUGAGCUGUUUAAUUAAUUUAAUUGAGAUUACUUCGAGCCGUAUCAAUGCGGUUUUAUACGCUAGCUAGCCUCUUCCGCAGGCAAAAUAUAUUUAGCGAAUUUUAAGGAAUCAUCAUCUUUAUAGAUCCCGGUCAGAUUCAGUAAAUUCCAUAUUCCAUUCACUAACUCUUGACGAAGGACCUUCGCUAGACUUUCGCAAAGUCCCUCGCCUUUAAUACGUCCUUAUUUAUGCGAAUGAAUUUUUGAAAGUAAUAUGAUAUGCGCGGCGCAGCGGGAGAGGAGGCUCGCUCGCUCGCGUUCGUUCUUUUCUCGCGCGUGUCCCUGGAGGCUGGAGGUCGACUUGGAGCAAGUCUAGACCUUCGCUCGAAACGUCGAGUUUCUGCUUAUUUUUUAAGGUAGCAAUAUAACCACUCAGCACAGCAUAUAAAAUAACCAGUUUUUUGCCAAAGAGUUGCGUGUGCAUGGAGGAGACUGGUAUUUCCUGAAUUUCAAGAAUACAUUAUUGGCACUUGGCAGCAGAAUACAAUUGUAUUUAACGAUAUGUUUAACAGCAGUACAGCACUAGGGUCACCGGCAGGGAGGCUGUCAAAAAGUCAAAUGCAAAUUUAAUGAUUAAUUUUACGUGAACAUUCGAACGUCCCUCUUUGUUGUAAAUACACAUAUUAAAAUACAUGCUGCCUUUCGCGAAAUGCCUCAUGUAAAUGUGUCAUUGACACUUGUCGUAUGUUUCCUGUGAUAUUAUUACGGAUAUUAUUACGGAUAUUAUUACGGAUAUUAACACUAUUUACAUGUAAAAUUAUUUAUAAUAAUCGACAGAUCGGAGCUGACCACUAAUCAGCUAUUACUAUUAAUACUGUUCAAAGAAUCGAUACGCAGACUGAAAGCUAACCUUAAUCGUAGAAUUAUACUUCUAAAGAACAAACAUUUGUAUAAGAAAACACACAAAAGAAUUAGAAAAGUGCGAAAGCAAUUCAGAUUUAUUCAGAUUUAUUCUUUAGCCCUCCUCCUCCCCCCCUCCCCAAUAUUGAUUUACUUCCGACGGCCUUGACUAAUGAACUUACUUACAUAGACAUAGUACUUCUUUGUAUAGUACAUAUAAUAUGUAGUAAUUUCGUGCCUAAAAUCUAGUCGAAACGUUUUCAAAAUGUUAAUCGGAAUGACUGUUGUUUUGUAUUUCAACAAACGAGUUAGUUAAUAUUAAAACCAAUAUAAAUUUAUCCGCCGACUUUUCUACUUAGAAAAAGAGACGUCUUUGACAUCCGAGUUAUAUAUAUCUUAUAUUUUCCUGUUUCCAUUGAAGCGGAGCAUAAACAUAGUCAUAAAUCAGCCUAGACCUGCUUAUAUUUUACAUUUUUAGUGACUUUUCUGUACAGUAUAUAAUUAUAGGCAAUUUGAGCCUAGGUCUAGGAUGGUCAUAGACGAUCACUCAGGUGAAUAUAUGCUUGUGAUGUUACUCUGAGUCUCAGAGUAACAUCACAAGCAUUUAAAUUAAUUUAAUGCUGAAAGCGCUGCUGAUUAUCAGUCUUAUCAUACUGCACCAUUUCGAAAAUCCCUGCUUGGCAAGUAAUUAUUCGGUAUUCUGAUUUUUUGAUCUACGAUUUGCACACUAAAUAAUCUUUACUUUCAGAAAACUGUCCAACAUUCGACAAUGGUUUUAUUAAAUAUGCGAUAAAGCUUCAAAUUAUUUAAGAUUACCACUGUUUACUAAUCAGGAUACUAAUCAGAAUACUAAUCAGGCAGUAUCUAGAAUACUAAUCAGGCAGUAUCUAUUGUAGUCGUGUCCUCAUUAGUAUUCUUUAUAUAAAGAAUACUAAUAAGGCAGUAUAUCUAUUGAAUUUGUAGUCGUGUUUGAAGCCGUUUAAUAAACUCGCAGGUCGUGUUUUAUUAGGUCUUUAAACCUAAUAAAACACUCCUGCUCGUUUAUUAAACAGUACGUAGACUCCGGCUUGUUGCAUGUUGUAAAACAUGGACUGGACUGGACUUGUAAACUAUAGGACUGGACUUGUAAAAUAUGGACUUGUAAAACAUGGUAGAAAAUGCAUGCCAUGCAAAUAGUGGAAGUUUUUUUGUCAAAAUGUUAGUUAAAAAGCUAUUUAACAUAGAUAUGCAAAAAAGGUUAAGUAUUUUUGAAGUUUAAUUAUGUUAACUCGGUCCGAUCUAUUUCGUUAUUAGAGAGGUUAAGAUACCCCGGUUUCGGUGUACGGGUACGAGUAGUGUCAUCUUGUUUUACUGAUGUCUGUAAUUCGAUCAUACUUUUUCUGUUUUCUUGCAAUAGACAAUGAUAUAAUGCGAAAAAUGUGCACCUUAAUUACGAGUAAAGGUACAUACAUCGACGAAAAUAUUGCUAACCAAAAUCAUGCUACCCGUACACGUACACCGAAACCGAGGUAUCUUAACCUCUCUAUUGUCUGUCCAAUUCGAUCCGGGGGCAAAAUAAGGUGGGGGUGGGAGCAAGCGAGCACAGAAGAAUAAUUCGUGUAUUUUUACCUGUUUCUCUAUAUAGGUGUACAUAUAGAGAAACAUAUCAUCGAUAAUAAAUUCGCUCGAAGAUCAAGUCCAUGUUUUACAAGUCCAUAUUUUGCAACUAAAAUGGCCAUUUCGUAGGGGUCAAUAUAAAUCCUUAUUUUGUCAAUAAUAAGCAAGCAUAUGACUUCAUAGAGUAUAAGGUACAUCCAUAGAAAUAAUAUUAUUUCUAUGGGUACAUCUCACGACACAUUAGACUACGUAUGCGGGGAAAAUGAGCGAAAUCGAUUUUUUAGCUUUGGCCACGGAAAUAUUAAUAUUUUUUUAUUUUUACUGACAUUCAUUCUUAAAUACUUUUCGGUCAGCAAUCAUGAGAUGAGCGAAUAGCUUUUUGUCUUGAUUGACCAAGGAAGUAUUCGUGACGUAUUUCCCUCUUGGGAAAUACGUCACGAAUGCAAUGAUGACGUCAUUGCCACGUAAUCCAACAUAAUCGUGCGCCUUCUCACAUACUUGUACUUAUAAACAAUUUUGUAAUCAUUGAAUUUGAAUUGUUAGAAUCGUUUGACCCGUUCUAGCUAAGUGGAUACUGCUAGUGUAAAGCAGUCUUAAAUCGAGUCGUUGGUGCUGGGUACCUUGUCAACAAUUAAUAUUAGAAGUCGAAGCUGGGUGAGUUUCUUGGGUGAAAUCCCAAAUUCUGUCUCACGACGAUAUUUAACCCAUUGCGCGGCCAGCGCUCUCCUCUUGACGAGUAAAAUCUCUUUGCGUUAGAUAGGGCGCAAUGCAACUCAAUGGGUUAUCUAGACUGACUAGACACAUGGGCAGAUACAGGUAGUCUCAUUAACCUGUUGAGCGCCAGCGCUCUCCCCUUGACGUUUUCGAAAAAUUUCACAUGAUUGAUACGAUCAGAUAAACAACUGUGGAUAAACCAAAGUUGAAACACUAGACAUGUGUCUUUUUGUUGUGAGUCUUAAAAGGUAAAGGAGCUUAAUUAACAAUUUUUUAAAGGAAUAAAUGAAAAAAAUAAAUGAAGUGGUUAUUUACCCCAAAACGUCAAUUUUUACUGUACGUUUGCGCAUGACGUCACAGCCGCAAUGUUGGUGUUCCAAUUCAAAAUAAUUUUAAUUAGACUCUUUUGUCUGGAACACCAACAUGGCCGCCAUGGCUUUUGUUGAGUUGGUCCCUGGGGAAUGAGUGCAAUUAACGCUCUACAGUGUGUAUAGAAAAAAACUGAACCUUUUCAUUGUAGUAAUUUGACAGCUCUAAUUGCUUUGAAUUAAUGGUUGGGUAAGAACACAAGGUCUUGUACUCAUGGGACAAAACUCUUAAAAACUUUUAAAUUUUCUAAUUUUUAUUUCUUUGAGUUUCGUCCCAUGAGUACAAGACCUUGUGUUCUUACCCAACCAUUAAUUCAAAGCAAUUAGAGCUGUCAAAUUACUACAAUACGUUAUAGCUAAUUUGAAUUUGAAAGGUUCAGGUUUUUUUUAUACACACUGUAUAGGCGCUGCGCUUAUAUGCGGGGCCUGAUGCGAGGCAAUAGGGUACGUACGCGCUAACUCCGAGGAUCGACCUGCGAACAGGUGGCCUAAACAGCUAGUUAGGUUAUGUGCGGUUGAGGUUCCGGUUUUACUGUGUGAAACGCUGGCCAUUUCAAUCAAUGAACUAAUCAAAUUAAUUAACUGGCAAAUAGCCAAAGCUCGUUGGUUUUUGUGACCGAACCAAUAACAACUUCGAAAAAUAAAAUUGAAUUAACUCAUAUCCUUUGUACAACGAUACUACCAUACGAUACGUACAUACAUUAGUUUGUGGGGCGGUAUAUUCUUGCGGUAUAUUUAGCCUGCUACGCCGGCACGUAGGCUAGAUAUAUUUGGAAAUGUGGCCCUUCCUCCACGACAGGCCCUGACCCCUGGUGCACCAUGGUAAGGUAAGAAAUUAGUAAAUUUUAACAAAUAAUUAGUAAUAAUUUUAGCCGUUCACAAUACAGCAUUCGGCAAGUUCAUUACAGUUUUCAAGCAAAACUGUCUUUUAAGGACCUUUUCAGUAGUUUUAGACCCCGUUCACACGAUAUAUAUAUAUAUAUAUAUAUAUACGGUACCGUUUCGGUCUUACGGGCCUCAUCAGUGUAGUGCUGAUGAGCAGGAUGAAAGUAACUGCUAUCUAUAGUCACUUUUGAUGCCUCACGAAUGUGGGACAUCAAACCAUGCCAGAGCGCUCAAACUGCAAGCAGUGAGCGUGCGCAAUGCGUAAGCGGCAUGUCUCAUCCUGUAGAGCGCUCAAUAUGACCCAAAGGCCCAGCCUAGUCCCAGUCGUUCUGAAGCAAGCGCGAGAAAAAAGUAGAUGUAGUACGAGACUCGGACCUAGGUGUGACGUCACCGCUCAAGGUGCUUCAGAACGCCUAGCAGAUUUCAGUAUUUUUAAUAUGGCGGAAAAUUUAUAUGUACAAGUAACCUUUUAAUUAUAAAUACGACAAUGUUCGUUCAUCAUGUACAUGUUCGAUGUCUACAUAACCAAAUCAAACUGUAUUAAAAAUGUGCUCAACUAAAAAAAAUUAUAUACAAAUUUACGAUACCGAGUUUGAGCAAUCGUUGAUGUUAUUUAUGUACUCGCAAGUUGUGAUCAACACUAGACCAUACUGGUAUACACAACUACGCUUUCUACUUGACAGGUUUAAAUUGCUGAGGAGAUUGGAAAUAUUUGCCUGACAUGACGGUGUUGUCAAAACAUUCUUAGUCGGAGACUCGGCAUAAUUUUCAAGCUUCUAGAUAGCAUUUAAUAUGUAAGAGUUAUAAACCGAGUAGGAGGUUUAUAACUGAUAUAUUGACCCGAGGACGCGUAGCGUCCGAGGGGCAAUAUAUCAGUUAUAAACCGACUUUCGAGGUUUAUAACUAACUUAUAUCACACUUGCGGAGAUUUUCCAACAUAUUUUGUCAUUUUCAAAACAUUUUAAUGAAAAAUUCUCGCGUUUUGUCUACAAGUUUAAUCUGAUCAUUUAUUCAAGGUAUAUAAGCUAGUUAUAAACCUCGGGCGAUCAAAGAAAACCGACGCAAGUGUGAUAUAAGGCUAUAUAUUUUAGUAAACACGAGUCAUAUUUAGCCCGUUAUUCCAUUCUGACCGUAUGUUCGCGAAACGUAGCCUACUUCAUUGUUCCGACAGCAUUAGAGCAAAACUAAUGACUUAAUUAUAAAUACAAAGGAAAUUUCCAUAUAUGUAUGCUUGGUAACCAGGCCAGGGACCACUUUUUUGAAAUCAGGGACCAUUUUACCGAAAUCUGCUAGGCUCUCUCGCUGAAGCGUUCCGCACAGCACACCCAGGCAUAAAACUUGUAAGACUUAUUUAAAUAUAUCAAAGCAGCGAAUGGAGAGAGAGCCUGGGACUAGGCUGCCAAAGGCCAUAGAGCGAUAUCUAAUUACAGACGGUACCGUUUCGGCCUUAUGGGCCUCAUCAGUGUAGUGCUGAUGAGCAGGAUGAAAGUAACUCGAAUUUUAUCGCGGCAAUUGCCGUAGAGAGAGAACAAAAUGCCGUGGAUCAUUGCGGCAACGACGGCAAUUUUUUGCCGUAUAGUGUAAUUUUUAUACUACUCACUGUGCAUUACUAUUUUGAUACUUGAAUCCAGAUGUUGAUCAAAUUUAGUCUCAGUUUUCUUCGAAAAAAGAAACACUAAAGAAAUACGUAGACAUGUUUCUAGCUUGUCAAAAAUCCAAAGUAACAAUAAAAUUAAAGUUUUAUUACAGUAAUUUGAAAAUUGCCGUGGAAAUUGUCAAAAUUGCCGUAGACAGCUGUUACGUUCUACGGCAAUUUUUAACGUCAUUGCCGUCGAUUGAUUUCAGGGAAAUUCGAGGCCUGGAGCAAGCUAUACCCGCAAAUAAGAUUAGAAUAGCAAGUCUUUGUUUCCCUGAUGCCAUCUUGAGUCACGUAUUGAACCGAAAAUUGCUCCGAUUGGUGUUUACAUUGCAAUGAGAGCGUUGCAAAAACCGAUCCGAUACACAGCGCACCACUUCGAAGAGCGAACCGCCGCACCACCGGUCCGUUGCAGAAAUUGAGACGAUAACAACAUUUCAUAUGUAAACAGAAGCCCUAUCCGGUAUGGUUUUUGCGUCGGACGCAAAGUGAUCCGAUACAAUGUAAACAUAGCCUAAAUCGAUUCAAUUCAGAGCUCCUAUAGCGGUUCACAUUUACCACAGAGCUAAUUUGAUGCUUAGGAGCCUGGCAAAAUUCCCACUUAAUAACGGCAGUUUUUUCGGUAAAUUAUGAACGGCCCCUAAUUUUAAAGUAUGUUAAUUUAAAAAAUCGAUUAUAUACUACCCAUGUAGUGCCUCAGCAGUUUCUGGUGAUUCACAACAUAAACGUAUUUUCAUGUAACAAGAUAUAUUACUUAUUAAUUGGUUUGCUUAAUCAAUGAUGACCAGAGGUGACCCGAUCUUGAAUCUUUCUGUGAAUUAUAACCAGGGCCGUCCUCAGGGAAUUCUUCAAUGGGGAAGGUCAUUUCAACCGACAGUACAUGAAAAAAUUUGGGGGGGGACAAAUUAUUUUUAGCGAAAAAAAAUUUUCCGGAUUUCCAAAUUUUUCGGAACAUCAAACAAAUUUUCCAGACAUCACAAAUUUUCUCCAUUUAUCAAUAAAAUUUUUCUAAAAUUUCGGAAAUUUCUAGAAUAUUCGAAAUUUUUGUAAAUAUACCUCAUUUUUUUCCAAAUUCAUAGUUAUUUUUGUAAGUUAACUUUCUCUUGUCGUAGGAAUUGCCUGAAUUUGCGUUAAUUUACCCGAAUUUCUUCUGCAAAUCUACCUGAAUUUACUUGAAAUUGCUCAUAUGAGCAAUUAUCAGGGGGAGUGUUACACCCCCCCCCCCCACCCCCGCUCGCUACGGCCCUGCAACCGACUGACGAACAGGGCCGCCGAGAGGUUGACGGGAACCCGGGCGAGAAAAGUUUUUUCGGAGACCAACAACCUUUAUCUUGCCCUUUGCGCGAAAAUAUUUAACCCAAAUAGCAGUCCUACCGACUGAAUAGCAGUCCUGCCGACUGAAUAAAAUUUCUGGGGGGUGUCACCCCCCCCCCCCCAACCCCGUAUCUCCGGUCCUGAUUAUAACUGCACAUGAAUUUUAGAAAGAUGAGUUUCAGAAACUCGACAAGUGAGAACGACUGUCCCUUCACAAACCAAUCAAUAGAGCUGGCAUUUGGACCGGAGGUUUCUCUGUUUUUGCAUUGUCAUCUACGAGGUUAUGACCGUUAUGGACAGGGAAUCCAUGGGGAUCAUGGUAAUUAAGAUAUUAUUAUUGUUAAUAUUUUUAUCAGUACGGUUGAUUAUGCCAUAAAGAAAGUAUUAUUUGUGCAACAUGCAAAAAUAUGCAUUAUCAACGUGAAAAAUAUUUAUUGUCUUCACCACGCCUAAACAUGAACAAAAGUGUAGAACAGAGAGUUUGACAAGAAUUAAAAUGAAAAUGACAGUUUUCCUCAAUGGCUAGAUUGAACAUUAUAAUGUUCUGGAUCAAGAACUAUUUUAACGAAUGGCACCAGCAUGCAUUUAAUUUCAUAUAUUUAUUUUUACAUUAGGCUAUGUAACGCGAAAACUACAGUUUACUGCGGCUAUAUCAUCACAGGCUAUUCUUGAAAAUCAUGUUUAUAAUAUCUGUCAUUCUGUCCAUAGAGUACUAUGAUAAAUAUGGUGCUCCUGUGUACAAGGACAAUUCCUGGCAAGAGGGGUAUCAUGUCGUUGAAAAAAGAUUGGCAGAUCAUUACAAUGCCGUGGUCGAUAACAGGUUAAACUUCCCAUUGGUAGCUGGAAUGGGCGGAGGGGUCCAUAUUUACAAGGCCACACACAGUGAGGAACCUUGGAACUGGACUGGUUGGAUACCAAGACAGAAACGUUGGCUGAGUCAAGGGUGUUUUUAUAGUAACAGGUGGGCUCAGUUGAUUAUAUAUGGUCGUAAUAACUAUGACAUGCGCAUUUGCAUGGGAACAAGUUCUCUCUUUCUUAAGUUUUCUUUAAAUCUUCCGAUUGUUAUCGCUCAUAGAUGCUGUCACUUUUUUGUCUAAAAUCUGGUUGACGUUGAUUCGAUAAUAGAGUUAAAAGAAAACAGAUGUAAGGAUAUAUCGUUGCUUCCUAGCUAACAUUGUGAGAACAAGGGUAUUAUUGUUUCUCUUGGCCAGAUAUUUAAUUAUUUUUUGUGUAGAUAUUUCCUGGGCCUACGUGGAAAUGAGAUUCAGAACAAUCUCUGGGACUACCACCCUCAUGAUGAAGAAGAGGGAGAAAACGUGGAUGACUUGAUGUACAGUCAGAUUGAACCCAACGAUAGAUACAGAGGAGGAUAUUGGUUUCAAACCCAACCAUUUGGUCGAUAUCUCCAUAUCAUUUCUCUCAAAUGGCAUGAGAAUGACCCAGGGGUAAGCUUUAGAGGAGCUGGUGUUUGCAUGUAUUUGCGUAGCUCCAUUAAUUAUCGGAUUAGGCAUGAUCUAGUGCCUAAAAAUCUUGAACCUGUCUGUGUUGAAAACAUUAAGCCUCAAAGUCAGCCGUUCGUCGUAGUAACAGGUUAUAGACCUUCAAAUCCGUCAUCCGAAUUUUUUAUUGGUUUAGAAAGUCUCGUUAAAAAAAUAGAUGAUGAAAACAAAGAAAUUCACAUUCUUGGUGAUCUAAACUGUGAUUUACUUAAGACAAAUCCAGACCAAUUAACUAAAAAACUCAAAUCCAUAUGUGAACUAUAUCAAUUGUCACAAAUGAUUGAUGAAGCUACGCGCAUAACGUUAACAACAUCCACCCUUAUUGAUCAUUUUAUUACAAAUAGACCAGAGAAAAUUUCUGACUCUGGGGCAAUACAUACUGGAACUAGUGAUCAUAGUAUGAUUUUCGCAAUAAGAAAAAUAAUUUUUUCAGUAAAACGUCAUGUAAAUAUUGUUGAAAUUAGAAACAUGAAGAAAUUCAAUGAUCUAAAAUUUCUGAAGGAUUUGCAGAAUCAACCCUGGGAUCAUAUUUAUUAUUUUCCAGAUAAUCCAAAUACUAUGUGGGAGAUGUGGAGAAAAGUCUUUUUAGAGGUCCUGGAUAAGCAUGCACCACUUCAAAACAAAAAGAUAAAAUCAAAAAGUGUCCCUUGGACAAAAGCAAAAUUAAAAUGCUCAUAACCGAAAGAGAUAAAUUGAAAAGAAAAGCAAUUAUUACAAAACAAGAAUCCGAUUGGCUCAUUUAUAAAAAAGCCAGAAAUCAAACAAAUACCGAAUUAAGGAAAGCCAAAACAGACUAUUAUUCUAAAAAGAUUGCUAACCAAAAGUGCAAUCCAAAGCAGGCUUGGAAAAUAUUAAUAGUUUGAUCGGAAAAUAUUAAUAGUUUGAUCGGAAAGGGAAAGAAACCCACGAUUAUAAAUGAACUAAUUAUUAAUGAAUCUAAAUUAACAAAUCCUACAAAGAUUGCAGAAGGGUUAAAUGCAGUGCCGUAGCC